AUGAAGUUCAACGCUGUCGCGGCGGCCAUGUCGGCUGCCAUGCUUACUGGCAACGUUCACGCCGAGGAUGUUAAGGAGGCUUCUCCCUCCGUUCCCGAUAAGCUUCCCACCUUUACUCCUACCAACCUCAAGGCUGAGUUCCUUGAGCAAUUUACCGACGACUGGGACCAGCGCUGGCAACCCUCUCAUGCGAAGAAGGACACAUCUGGCACCGAGGAGGAAUGGGCAUACGUCGGCGAGUGGGCUGUCGAGGAGCCUGUCAAGUACAAGGGAAUUGAUGGUGAUAAGGGUCUUGUUGUCAAGAACCCUGCCGCUCACCACGCCAUCUCUGCCAAGUUCCCCAAGAAGAUUGACAACAAGGGCAAGACUCUUGUGGUUCAGUACGAGGUUAAGCUACAGAAUGGCCUCGAAUGUGGCGGUGCCUACAUGAAGCUCCUUCGGGAUAACAAGGCCCUUCACCAAGAAGAGUUUGCCAACACCACUCCUUAUGUGAUCAUGUUUGGUCCUGACAAGUGUGGUCACACCAACAAGGUUCAUUUCAUCUUCAACCACAAGAACCCCAAGACCGGCGAGUACGAGGAGAAGCAUCUCGAAUCUCCCCCUACUGCUAAGAUCACAAAGACCUCGGAGCUCUACACUCUGAUUGUCCACCCCAACAACACCUACGCCAUCAAGCAGAACAACGAGGAGGUCAAGACAGGCAGCCUCUUGGAGGAUUUCUCCCCCGCCGUCAACCCCCCUGCCGAGGUUGACGAUGUCGAUGACAAGAAGCCCGAGGACUGGGUCGACGAGGCCCGCAUUCCCGACCCUGAGGCCAAGAAGCCUGAGGAUUGGGACGAGGAUGCUCCCUUCGAGGUUGUCGAUGAGGAGGCUACCAAGCCUGAGGACUGGCUCGAGGACGAGCCCGUUACCAUUCCCGACCCCGAGGCCCAGAAGCCUGAGGACUGGGAUGACGAGGAGGAUGGUGACUGGAUCGCCCCUACUGUCCCCAACCCCAAGUGUGGUGAUGCCUCUGGCUGUGGUCCUUGGACUAAGCCCAUGAAGCGAAACCCCGACUACAAGGGCAAGUGGACCGCACCUUACAUCGAGAACCCCGCAUACAAGGGCACCUGGGCUCCCCGCAAGAUUAAGAACCCCAACUUCUUUGAGGACAAGACCCCUGCCAACUUCGAGCCUAUGGGAGCUAUUGGCUUCGAGAUCUGGACCAUGCAGAACGACAUUCUCUUCGAUAACAUCUACAUUGGCCACUCUAUUGAGGAUGCUAACAAGCUUGCCGAGGAGACCUUUGGUAUCAAGCACCCUAUCGAGAAGGCCCUCGCUGAGGCUGAUAAGCCCAAGAAGGAGGACAAGCCCCGAUCCCCUAGCGACCUCAACUUCAUGGAGGACCCUGUUCACUACAUCACCGAGAAGAUUGACCUCUUCAAGGCUAUCGCUGCUCAGGACCCCAUCCAGGCUAUCAAGUUCGUCCCUGAGGUCGCUGGUGGCUUUGCCGCUCUCCUCAUUACUGUCGCUGGCCUGAUUGCUGUCCUCUUCAACCUGGGCAAGUCUCCCGCUGUCCAGCAGACUGCCGAGAAGGCUUCCGACAAGGCCAAGCAAGUCAAGGACAAGGCCGCCGAGGCCAGCGCCACCGGUGCUGAGAAGGUCAAGGGCGAGGUCAACAAGCGCACCACUCGCAGCCAGUCGUAA